AUGGCAGAAAACAUACCGCCAAACACGGCUUCCAAACCUGUAACGAACUCCGAUCGGCCUGGGUUACCGUACUAUGAGAAACUGCGACGAGACCUGCGGGAUACGCUACAGAAAAAGAGACUUCUAGAUCGCAACCUGGCAUCUAUCGAGGACCAGAUCCACCGUCAAGAAAGCGCCUACCUGGAAGAAACGAGCGUUGCAGGAAAUAUUGUGAAGGGCUUCGACAAUUACAUCAAGGCGUCCAGUUCGACAACCGCUUCAGCAGGGACGAUUUCAGGCAGCGCACUGGGCGGAGGAGUGGGCGCACGUCGAAGAGCCGCCAUCAACGAUGCUGACCGCGUCUUCUCGAGAUCCUCCGUCUCCUAUAUGCGAGAUUCCGACUCUCCCAGCAGCGCGACAAGCACCCCAAACCAUGCAGCAACACCUACAGGUAGUUUCACAGCGGAGAAAACGGGUGACAAGAAAAAGAAAAAGAGCACGGCUGGUACAGGCGAAGACGAUACAGACACCAAGACGGAUGCGAGGUCGACCAAGCGCCAGAAGAUUACUUUUGGCGGCGGCCGGAAAAGUAUCCAGGAUGACUGA